AGAAACAAAUCGCCUGUUGAAGUCCACUUCCUCUUGUUAGACAGCUAAGCCAUAUUCUAUUCGUACUGCCAGAACCAUGGCAAAAAGGAUCAUAGCUCUCUUUCUCUUUCCAUUCGUUUGGGAGACGGGGUUGGUCAGUGGGCUUCGAAUGGGAGAUAAUUCCGUCAAAGCCAGUUUUCCAGCGUCAUCCAACAGUUUGAAUUUUCCUCGGAUGAUGAUGAUUUCAACGCUGCCAAAGAUUGAUGAAUUUACAUUGUGCUUCUGGGUGAAGAUAAAAGGACAAGUUGAUCGGGAACAUUCCAUCUUCUCGUAUACAUUAAACACAGAAAUAAAUAGCAACAAACUAUUGGUAUCGGUUGAUCAUAGUCAUACAAGUCCACGUAUUAUAGCAAAAAUUGGUUCUUCGAACCCAGUUUCAAGCAGUUGUCCAAGUUUCUCUGCUGGCAACUGGCAUAAAAUUUGUAUUGCGUGGAGAAGUGUAGAUGGAAAGCUGAAGUUUUCUGUGGAUCAAGAUUUGUGUGAUUAUGAAGUGGAGAAUAUAGCUAAGGGAUACACAAUCCAAAGUGGAGGGAUUAUUGUGUUGGGACAGGAAAGAGGCGCUGAUGGUGCUUUCCAGCUGAACAAGAAUCUGAUUGGAGAUAUUACUCAAGUGAAACUUUGGGAUGAAUAUCUAAACAACGAACAGACGGGCCGUGCCAGUUCUUGCCUAAGUCAAGCUUGCAAGAAUCCAUAUUGUUAUUUAGAAGAUGAAAUCCAAGGAAACCUUAUCCAAUGGCUUCAAACUCCUUUUGUACUCCUUGAUGGAAUUGAGCUGUCCGGAACUGCUGUCUGCAAAUGAGUUUGUUCUCACUUUUUCUGACAAUUGUUAUCGAAGUAAAACUUAGUUCCGAUAUUGGCGAGAAACUCACGUAGGCAAAGCACUAAAUGUCAAACACGGCGCUUUUAAUUUUGUACUACAAAUUAGAUAUGAUUAAUUAACUUGCAGUAAAUAUACAUUAUUUAUGUAUAAGUGUUUGGGGCUGAUUUGCUUAAAUGUAUUCUAUAAAUUUAUUUGCUGACCUGAAAUUAUUAAGAAAAUAUUUUUACCAACUUUUGUGCUAUUCAUAAGUAUCCACAUUUUUUUCAGUUAUUAACAAUGAUGAUUUAUAAUAUUGUAUUCAUCCACUAA